CUAUCCUCUGGCGGACCUGGUCGGUUGUGCAGGUAACACCAUCGUUACCGAAGCUUCCAUCAUCUCAGUCGCAGUAUUCCUCCCGCGUUCCGACUCUAAGCGAUAGAAUUCGUAUCCCUCUCCAGUUCCAGCUGUGUCGAAGCACGUCUUUUUAAUUUUUUUCCUUUUCUUUAAAUACUACUUCUUCAUCAGCCUAUUCAUGUCCCCAACUUCAACUCCGCCCACCGUUUUACUCUCAUCCGCCAUUGAGAUUCCUAUCCGAAACUCUAGGGCUUCGAAGAAAGGAACCCUAAUUGACCCUGUCCUCCUACUAGGGUUUAAGGCUCAAAUCCCUAGCUUUUAGAUUCGAAACCGUCCAAAGGCCGAAGCUUUGGGCAUGGAGUCCAAGUCCACGGGGCGUUUCACCUUGGGAAAGCAGUCCUCCCUCGCGCCGGAGCGCGAGGGGGAGCCGGAGGACCGUGACAGGCUGGAUGUCCCGGAGGAGAUCGAAUCCGGCAUCCGCCUCAUGUACCUCGCCAACGAGGGCGACGUGGCUGGAAUCCGGGAGCUCCUGGCUUCUGGGCUCGAUGUGAACUUUAGGGACAUCGAUAAGCGGACGGCGCUCCACGUUGCUGCGUGCCAGGGUCUCCCCGAUGUUGUUCGAUUGCUGAUUGAGAACGGCGCUGAGGUGGACGCGGAAGAUCAGUGGGGCAGUACGCCACUUGCGGAUGCAAUACACUACAAAAAUCAUGAAGUGAUCAAGCUAUUGGAGAAGCAUGGUGCUAAGCUUAAGAUUGCUCCUAUGCAUGUUAAGAAUGCCCGUGAAGUUCCAGAAUAUGAGAUAGACCCCAGUGAACUUGAUUUCACGAACAGUAUCCGGAUCACUAAGGGAACAUUUCGUAUAGCAACAUGGCGUGGAAUUCAAGUCGCAGUUAAAAGGCUUGGUGAAGAUGUAAUUACUGAUGAGGAUAAAGUAAGGGCAUUUAGAGAUGAGCUUGCAUUGCUUCAGCAAAUACGGCAUCCCAAUGUGGUCCAGUUUCUGGGUGCCGUCACUCAGAGCAGUCCAAUGAUGAUAGUCACAGAAUAUCUGCCCAAGGGUGAUCUUCAUGACUUUUUGAAACGAAAGGGAGCUUUAAAGCCAGCACUGGCAGUUCGAUUUGCACUUGAUAUUGCAAGAGGAAUGAAUUACUUGCAUGAGCACAAACCAGAAGCCAUCAUUCAUCGUGACCUUGAGCCUUCAAAUAUCUUGCGAGAUGAUUCUGGAUGUUUAAAAGUUGCGGAUUUUGAUGUCAGUAAGUCGCUAAAAGUGGCGAAGACUGUUAGAGAGGUUAGACCAUUGGGAUGUCAAGACGCUUCUUGCAGGUAUAUGGCUCCAGAGAUCUUUCGGAACGAAGAAUAUGACACGAAAGUGGAUGUCUUUUCAUUUUCUUUGAUUCUACAAGAGAUGAUUGAAGGGUGCCCUCCUUUUUCACAUAAACAAGAACAUGAAGUUCCAAAAGCAUAUGCCUCUAAAGAAAGGCCACCUUUUAGAGCUCCCCUGAAAUUAUAUGCGCAUAGACUAAAAGAGUUAAUUGAGCAAUCCUGGAGUGAGAACCCUGCUGACAGACCCACAUUCAGAGAGAUAAUUGAUCGGUUAACCAUUAUUCAGAGCCAAAUCGCUCAUAAGAAGCAUUGGAAGGUGAGACUCUUGAAAUGUUUCCAGAACCUACAGAUGUUUAAAAAAGAUCAAUCUGACCCGAGCAGCCGUUCCUCUCGCUCUUCUCAUUCUUCUGAUUUGUUCUAGUGGGAAUGUUAAUGGUCACCGUAGAAGUAGAUUGUUUGUUUGCUUGCCCAAUCCGAGGUAAGUUGUCAAUAUAGGAGAGCGAGAUAUAGUCUUCUUCGUCAUCUUCUUCUUUUUCCCCUUUAAUUAGCUCAUCAUGUGGUGGUGUCUCUUGCUCAAGGUCUGAGUGUUGGUUGUGAGUGGAUGUUAUAUUUGAUUGUAGGGAUUCACCUUUUCCUGUAAGUAUAAGAUGAUUCUCUUUGUUACAAAAUGAAUAAUGAACCGCAUGUAGCCAGUGAAUUUAUGUACAGGAACCUUGUGAUGUUUUCUGGUUCUGAAAUGUAAAAUGGUCAUGGUAGUGUC